AAUAGGGCUACGUCCACACAGCUAGUGCGAUUUUCACAAAGAUCAGAAUGCGAUUACAACUCUCUACUAUACAAGAGGCGCCCCCCUCAUCUAUUUUUAAGCAUAGAAUUUAGGGCAAUGCGGAAGCAACAUGAAAUUACCAAAGUAUUCAAAAAAGGUCUUCAAGAUCCAACAACCAAGUCCCCUCAAUAUGGGGCCAAAAAUCCAGGACCAUUUGUGUAACCCACGUCCACAAGAUAAUACUUAUCUACAUUGCAAAUUAUAGAUAUUAAAAAUCUAAAAUAAAACCAAAAGUCAAAAAUGAAAUCCUAUACAUGAAAUAAACACCUAGUUGAUGGUACUUUUAACCCUAUUAUUAGGCCUAUGCAAAGCAUUGCGAAACACCCAAGAUUCUGAUGUGGAUCCGUCCCAACCAGAAUUUUGGUGAAGAGGAUAAAGGAAAGAGAUGGAAGAUGUAAUAACGGCCAUUCCCCCACCUUCAAGGUUCUUUUUGGAAGAUCUCAACAACUUCACUCCUCCAUCACCACCUAUUCCACCUCCUUUUCUAUUGUUCUCCACCCCUAACCAAAGCAAGCCUAUCUGCCCCUCGCUCCUCAUCAUCGCCUUGUCAUCUCCAUCGCUUCAUUUUUGCCACCAUAUAUCCACUAAAACAUUAAUAGGUUCCGUCAUCCUCCCUGAGAUCCCCUUCUCUGGCAACACUAUCGAACCCUCACUCAGGGACAAAUCGUGCAACAUAUAUACCCUCACUGAAAAUGAUAAUUUGAUUGUCAUUGUCUCUGUCCAGUACCAGGUCAGCGCAGAGAGAUCUCAUGCUGUUGCAAAGUUGCUGAUUGGUGAACAGAUCGUUCCAGAAAAGGUGUUGAUUUUGGAUUCAAUUCAAAGCAGAAACUUCCGGGGUAAGCUCUCACCAGAUGAAACGUUUGCCUUCAAACUUGAAACAUCACAGCAAAGAAAGAGGCUGGGCAAUGAUGGUUGUGGAGAUUCAUCACUGUUAAAAGGCAUAGAUUAUUUUCCCUCGGGAAGUAUGGUAGAUGGCUUGAGUGCUGCUCUAUUGGGUCAAUGCCAGAUGAAGAAGAUUAAGGGAACUGUGUGUGUUUCUUGGCCUGAAUUUGGUGGUGCUGUGGCAUCGCUGGUUAAGUCUCUUCUGCUCAAGGAUGUCUUACCUGGCUUUGAAUAUAGUAUUGUUGAUGGUGAGGGUGGGGAUACAUGUUUGAGGUUUGGUCAAAUAAAGGAUAAUCGACUUGAUUCUGAGUUGUAUACCUGAUAAAAUAGUUUUUGAAAUGCUCAUGGGGGCAUGUUCUUUUGAAAUUUAUGAUAACUUUAGUACUGGUGUUGUCUUUUUACCCCAAUGGCACUUGAUAUGUUGACAUUGUGUUACAAAGAUAUGAAUUCUCCAAAUUUUUGAGACAAAUGUUUAUGAUACUUCUUAUUCUACUUAA